GCUGGGACCCUCCAAGUUAGUGCUGGAGAACAGGUGCUUCAGACAGAUGACCAUAAUGGACCAAGGCUGCCAGCACUGGUGGACUGCCCCAAGAACAGCCCCCUAAAGGUUAGAAACGGCUUUGAGUUCUGUUGCAAAACGCUUUGAACAGUUCAGAGUGAAAUACGUAUCAGUUCAAUUGGAAAACGUUCAAAACGUUUUGUAACGUUAGGCAUGCUGAAUGUACUCCAGGCAAACCUCUCAGAGCAGACUGGUUGGCUCUAAGCCACACCCACUUCAAUUGUGAUUAGGCUUUUAAUGUGAUUAAGCCCUGCCCACUUCCAAUUUUGGUCCCCUCUUCGAAUCAAAUCCCGAGUGCCUGCCACAUCCGUUUUGAUUGGCUCUUGGUCAGAAAUGCUAUGCCUUAAUUGGACAUCCAUUUUUAUUGGUUCGUUGGUCAAGUGGAUAGUGCUGUCAUUCAUAUGCUAAUGAUGUAUAGGGCUAAACCACGCUUGUCCAUUUUUGGUCACCCCUAAUCUGAGCUCCGCCCACAUCCAUUUUGAUUGGCACCUUGGUAGGGGAUGGGCAGGUUGUAUACUGGGCCAUGUUCAGUGGCAAAACGUUGUUGAACAUUGCCGAUACAAAUGCCAUGACUAGAGCUUACGUGAUUCCUUAUUCUACAUGUUUAAGAGGCAUGUUUGUUCAUUAUAGCGUAAUUCUAUCUGAAUGUUGCUAAACGUUGUCUUGCUGAACAUGCCCCUGGUUGUAUAAGGACGUUUUGUUUUGAAAUCUUUACCUGGUUGUAACUGAGAGUUGGUUGUAAUGUAAGUUAUAUGACGUGUUCUCAACCAGUUUUUUUUUUACAAUGAGAUAAUGAUGCAUGGGUCACUUACUGUACUAGUUAGAACCAAUAGCAUUCAAAUUCUGAUUCUUAUUCUAAUUCUAAAGUUAGCCCUUAUGUGACAUGUCACUCAGUACCGUCAUGUCUAUGGUGAAAGAGAUGGUUUCUAUGGUGAUACGAUUUUGCUAAUAUUGUUGUUUAUCUCAGAACUUCGUGCCGAAGCCCCCACGAGGCCCCAGGCUGAGCGGUCAGGCCAAGAUGGCCAAGGUCGAAAAGAACGCCAGAGAGGCCGUGGAGUCCAGAAAGGACAGAGAGGCCAAGGCAGCGGCGAAAAAACCAAGCCACCAAGUAGUUGGUGUGUUGGCGCUGCCUCCACCUCUUCUAUCUCCAACAACCAGUUACAGUGAGUAUUGAUCACCACUUCCAAAAUACUUGGAUUUAUUGAUAGAAUUCUUAAAGGAUAUAUGGUGGAAGGAUCAACUAAUGGCUCGACUCUCCUCUUUCUUUAGGUGUCCUGCCAGCUAUCAAGAACACUAAAGUGACGAAGGUGGAGACAACAGGUGGGUGUUGGUGACACAGUGGUUAUUCAAUAGAAUCGUUGCCAUGGUUACGAGCUUGUUCAGCGGUAAUUCUGAUUCUCUUCUCUUUCAGUGCCACCAGGCCCCAUGACACCUGAGGAUGAGGUGAGAAUGAACUCCUCUCCAUCUGUUGAUGACCCCCUUACCCCAGAGACCCCAGAGAGUGAUGUCACCUCCGAUGCCACUUCUCUGGCGGACACACCCCGUGAGAUGACACCUGAGAACGUAGAGGAGGCGUCUUCUCUAGAGGACUUCCUGAAGUCUCACCCGUGAGUUCUGCUCUGAACCGUGUUAUGUGCAGUAGAAAAAAUUGAAUCUAGUUGCCAGUCUACUAACCAAUGAUUCCUGGUGUUUGUUUGUUUUCCAGUCAGAGAAAGCGCAUCAGGAAGUUCCUCAAACAAAUGGUAAGUCCCCCAUUUUUUCUUCUUUACCCCAUUUCUACUUCUUUACCGACUAAUCAUGCUAACAACAACAAAAACGUGUAACUUAAAGACUAAGAGGAAAUGCUGUCAUUUAAAAAUGGUUGUUUUCCGUAUUUCUUUCUAAGAAUGUGACCAUAGAGGACCUGGAGGACAUGUCCUAUGCGUUCCUCCUGCCAGCGAUAGCUCUGCUCAGGACCUCCAGUCCAGAAUCAUCCAACUGCUCCUUCCGGGGGUCAGGGGUGCUGAAGAUCGUCUCGGAGACGUUCCACCGGCGGAGCUCUGAGCCAAAGGGGAGGCUCAGGGGCGGGCAGCCCCCCACGCCCAAUUCUGAGACAGACAAGGAGCUUCAGGGUACAGCAGACAUGGUUGUGAGUAAUAUCCUGAGGAAUGCCCAGGAGGACCUCUUCUCCUCUGGUAUGAAUGACCUGGAGACCACCAAUCCAGGCAUCGCUCUGACCGAAGAGAGGCUCUCCAGUAUCUUCUCAGAGCUGUUUAGGGACGCCUGUGAGAGUGCCCAGGAGGCCGCCAGACGGAUCCACCACACGAGGUCCGGAAGAGGCAACAAAAGCCGGAGUGGGAGUUGCUCUGGGUCAUCACAGGGAUCGAGCCGGUCCAACAUGCCAGAGCUGGUAGAGUGUGUGGAUGCUCAGCCACUAUCUCUGGAACAUCCAAGUGUGUCCUGCUCCAACAGAAGCUCUGGGUCCUCACAGGGAUCGAGACGGUUCGACCUCUGUCAUCAGGCAGUGGAGAUGGAGAGGGUUUAUCUCCAGAGAGACACACCCCACUCCAGUGUCAGUGUGAGAGAACUGGGGUCAGUGAGGAGGGCCAAGAGAAGGGAUGUCCAUAAAGCCCUCAGUGAGGGGUCCCUCAAUGUCUUUGCCCUGUUCAGGGAGAGGGCAGGGGAGAUUUGGCAGACCAGCACAUGGGACAUGGAGCAGACCCAGCCUCCCAGCACCCCCACAUCCAGCGAGGAGGAUUUGUGGGACAGCGACUCCAGCUUGUCUCAUGGGGUUGGGGAGGAGGAGAGGGGCAGCUCCCUGAUCCUGACCCCCCAGGCCUCCACCUCACUCUCUGAUCAAGACAAGAGAGCACUAGGUUAGUUAUUAUGUAGUCUUGUCUCCUUUUGCUCCCUUGUUAUUAUUGUUAUUGCCAUUUACAAUGUGACCAAGAUGUUUUGGGGUGGGGGUGCUGUCGAUGGGGGGAGGGAGUAUUUUUCUCCGCUCUGCUGACAAGUCAUUUUCUCCGCUCAUACAGGAGUCAUAAAGGCCUAGUUCACUAAUUUUGUGAAGAAAAUCAUCUAUAAAAAAUAAUAAUGAUAUAUCUAUAUAUACAUUUUAAAUAAAUGUUGAUUUGACUAGAGGACGUCUGCCAGAUCCUGACCGCCUGGGUGGAAAAGAGGCUGAACAGGACCUGCAACGACAAUUACAGGGCCAGUGUCAUCAUCCAGAAAGGUCCAUUUAUAACCUGUUUUACCAAUAUGACCAGUAUUAACCCUGUUAUAACCAGUGUAAUAACCAAUGUAUUAUCAUUAUAGUAAAUGUACUAGAUACUGCAUAGUGCUAUACAUGGAUGUGGCUUUGAAUAAGUUCAGAGUAUUAGUGUGUUUUCUUAGGAUUGGAUUCUGGUGCCAGGGACAGGUUCCCUUACAUUCAGUGUCCUUCUUCAUCAGAGGAAGAAGAGGAGUUGGUCACGAGUGUCAUGACUGUCUUACACUCAGAGCCCUCCACCUCAACCAAGGCAGCACGGGCAGCUCCUGCACAGACCCUGGAGUUCAACCCCUGUCUGGAUGAAGAUGAGGUGGUCCCCAGCACCUCCAUGGGUGCGGGAUUCCUGACGACCACUCAGGCAGCAUGGGCAGCUCCUGCCCAGACCUUGGAAGAAGAGGUCGGGGGAGCUGAUGUCUCUGAGGUGAGUACCAGCUCCCUGACCCCCACCGAGGCCAGGCAGGGCCUCCUGGGGAAGAUUCCCUCUCUCCUUCCGGGUGAGAUCCUCAUCGAGGAGGACAUCUCCUUUCGCAGCACUCCCAGGGACACCGUCAUGAGCCCCCAGACCCUGAAGUUUAUCCUCCAGGGCAUCAUGCGCCGACUGGAGGCCUCAGAGUCCCCCCAGGCAAGGAGGGCCAAUGACCCCUUCAGGCUGAUGAAGAAUCUCUUUGUGGAGGUCCAGCAUGCCCUGAAGUAUGCUGACAUCUCUGUCCUCUUCAGCCUGGAGGAGAGCAUCCAAUUUAGGGGGGAAGAUGCAAUGAAGGCCAUCGUGAAGGCUGCGGCUAAAAUGUUGUCCCUGCGUUCGGAUUCCAACCGGCGUGCCGCACGCUAUGGUGGCGAGGUAGCCGUCUGUUGCAUGGCAGAUACCAUCGCGCACGUCAUAGGCGACUACGCCCAGGACUGGAGUUCUGACGGCCAUUUUGGAGCGAGGAGGAGCCUUGGUAGUGGGAGGUCACGCUCCUCUUCAAGCUCCUCAAAGAGUGACAUCACCCUCACAGAGGAACUCUUGGCCCAGGGGGAAACCCUGGAAGAGGACCAAGAGGAGGUGGCUGCGAUCGACGACAACGAGAAAUGUGACUCUGCUAGCUUGGAGAAGGCCAGCAGCAGCUCCCUCUCCGCAGACCUUGUGGACAGCACCUCCACACAGGUAAGGAGUCUAUCAUUAACCAGUAUGUUGUUUAGUUAUUGGGGCUGUUUGAUUGUGAGGCACCAACUCAUAUCUGUUUCUCUCUCUACUAAGAAGACAGUGAAGGACGAGGCUGUGAAGGAAGGAGUGAGGAAGUCAGGAGAGGGGAAGCGAGGUCGCAAGAAGACCCUGAAGAAGAACAAGGUGUCUCCCCUUGGCACUGAUGGUAAGUCCUCCCUUCUGUCAGUCCACAUGUCUAUUUGUCUUCAACAAAAUUAUAUUAUUUCACCACAUUGUAAUGUUAGGGGAAGAGACUAUGAUGAAGUUAUCAGGGUCUUAUUCAUUAAACGGAAGUAACAGGGAGGAACUUCCUUGAACAAAAAAAAAGGUGUUUUUGUUUUCCAUUGCAAAAGUUUUUUUUACGGUUUGUCCUAAUGAUGUCAUGCCAUGUUCUCUGUCACCUGUUCAGAUACCGUGGCUGAUGAGCCGGGGGGAAAACGAUCUCUCCUCCUGAGGAUUACAGCUGCCCUGGCAAAACUAUUUUGCUUCCCCUGCAAAAAGAGAAGCGGCAAAAAGUAGUUGUGUGGGUAUACCCACUUAGAGCACUUCAGUGCACUUGCCUCCUCUCCACAAACCCAGAGUCAACUCACAACCUAUUUCAUGAUUCCAACCAUACCCCCACGCUAUUGUGGCGAGGGAGCCAUCUGUUACAUGGCAGACACCAUCGCACACGUCAUAGAUGACCAUGCUGAAGAUUGGAGCUCUGACGGCCAUUUUGGAGCCAGGAGGUAGUAGUGACAUCACCCUCACCAAGGAGCUCUUGGCUGAAUGGGCCAAGGAAGCGGACCAAGACGACGUGGCUGAUGAUGAAACUGGCAUGACAAUACCCCCCCCAAAUAACAAACCAUUACAAACCAUGAUGAUUCCUCCCAUAGCCCGGCCCGGACCUAUUUAAUUCAAUAAACAUGUACUUGCAUCUAUUUUGAACCUCUUUUUUUGUUUUUAACAGGCCUACUGUAGACUACAAAUUAUUAAGUGCAAAUUGAUGUGUGUACUGCAUCAAUAUUAUGAGUUCACUGUGCCAGUCAUUAUGAGUUCACUAUGCCAGUCAUUAUAGUUAAUCUAGGCUUUAACACUCUUAACUGUAUUGGUAUUGACACAAUACGAGUUACAUUUGAGUAUUUUCUAAAUUUGUGUUUCUGAGGGAAUACAUCUGCAAUAUACUGCUAAUAAUGUUAAUCGAGAGGGAAAAAUACUUCUGGAAAUGUACAAAAAAGAAUAGAUCAUAUUCUUGCCUUUGACAGUUUAGAUCAUUCAAAUGUAAUAGCUUCAGGGUUGUGGAGGUCAUAGUCUCUUAUGACGGCUACCAAAGUCCAUCCUGCUUUCACCACUCGCUCACACUAUUCCAAUAUCUUAACCUCUCCCUCAGUGGCGGCUCCUGAAAAAAUUCUCAGGAGGGGCAUUUUUUCUGAUGAUUUAGGUGACCUACACACAUUUAAAAAAGAUAUGUCCAGCAACAACAUGAAGACAGGGGCAGCAUAUAAGUCAAUACCAGAAGCAUUUAUUGACUGAUCUGGGGAGAUGGAUUCCAGUUUCUGUGACAGAUUAUAAAUAAUCUCUGAUGCCUUUGUUAUAUUAGCUUUUGGUUGAAUGUACUGUCGUAGUAAAUAUAUAAUGUUAUAGCUUGGUCUGACUAAAAUCUUGUGCAUGACCCAUUUUGUGUUGGGCGUUUGUUUUCAAUCAAUGCUGUUCCUAUCCUAUAACAAUGGACAAAAGAGUCCUAUCUUGUCAGCCUUGUCAGCAGGUGGCCAAGGACAACACCCACGCCAUAGGUCUCUCAGUUCUUCCAACUCACGAGUUCUUGCUCUGAGGACACACACACACACACACACACACACAUCAUCACUGAUAACACACACACACACACACAUCAUCACUGUUAAACACACACACACACAAAAAUCCCCUCUCUUUAGGCUGAACAUUUGAAGACAGAGAACCCGACUCAGAGCCAAUGCAACAGUGGAGGGGACCUCGCCCAACUCAUCAGGACCAAUCAGAAGAUCCAGAACUACUAGAUUCAACCUACAUCAUUUAUUGUAUAAAAUGUCUGCACAAUGUUUUCGGGGCUCUCUUCAGAUAGCUCCCUAAGAGUUUGACGAACGGGUCCGUGCACGCGAUUCCAGAUAUCUUUACCUCUGAAUAAACUGCCUUUAUUAUACCAUAUCCACCCUGUCCAAAGUCUCUACUUGGUCUCAGUUCUCCAGUAAACUUGUGAUUAUCAACAGUACACAACGGUAACAAACAAUUGGGGGAACUCACGGGGCAGAUAGUAAGGUCGCAGUGACACAGAAAGCAGUUCAAUGUCGGGGUACAGAGUCGCUCUCUUACCAGGAUCGCGGUCCGCUCUGACCAGGGUGAAGCCGGCCGGCUCCACUUCUCUGUCCGGGACUCUGUCAUCCAGCCAAGUCUCCCAGCUGUAUUGGAUUCCGCUGCCAGCAGCGUUUUCAUUAUUUAGUCCGUUCGUAGCGGGUAUGUACACGAUCAACAAGAUCAGUCCAAAACCAACCACUGGAAAUCCAUGGUUGGCAGAAUGUUUGUAAACUAAGUCUACAAAUUAAAAACAUAAAAUAACGCCACACUGCAGGUCGCAACAGAGACGCUGCUAGCCGCCAUUUUCUUAGUUACGUUCAUGGUUACGUCACGUAUGACGAAAGCGCGUAAGUGCAAGCCCACAGACACCCAUAGAGAAUGUAUUGAAAGCUUUGAAAUUUGAAAAAAAUAGAUUUUACAUGACAGGCUAUGAGAGACUUCUGGGCGAUUUUCAACUUGACUGAAAUCGCCCCAAAAACGGGCGGGGCCAUUUGAAGCACGACUUUAGCCUGAUUUGACAUUUAGUGGCAGUCAGAUCAGAUUACAACACUGAUAACUACUGUUGCCGUGAUAUAAUUGAUUAGAAAAAAAUCCCUUCCUUUUCCCGUUUGGCAGUGCGUCGCCCAUAUCGCCCUAUUGAACAGGCCGUCCCUGCUCUCCCUACCGGAACCUAAUCGAGUAGCUGGCCCGGCACUCACGCAAGAUUUGGUUCUGGGUUGCAGAGAUUAUGGAGGUCAAAACAAGGUCUAUGGCUGCGUUUACACAGGCAGCCCAAUUCUGAUAUUUUCCACUAAUUGGUAUUUUGACCAAUCAGAUCAGCUCUUUUUCCAAGAAUUGGGCAAACGAUCAUAAUUGGACUGCCUGUGCAAACACAGCCUGUCAUGCAGGACCUGACCAGGAAAAACUCUGAUCUGAAAAACUGUCAAAGGCAAGAACAUGAUCUAUACUACUAUUUCCAAAAGUAUUUUUCAAUAAAGUUUAACAUUAUUAGCAGUAUAUUGCAGAUGUAUUCCCCAUAAUAUACUCCAGCAAGCAAAAGCCUGGAAACGGAACAAGGUAAAAUCAAAUAAACUCCUGCCCUAUACCCCACAAGGAAAUAGGAUGAAAGACUUGAUGAUGUGUAUGUAGGCUAUGUUUAUUCAGCCUGCUCAUUACUGCUAUCAGAUGUAAGCAGGCUAUUUCUGGUGUGCAUUUUCAGAGCCUUUGUGUGAUGUGUUUCACCUAUCAACACCUAUGACCAGGUGCUCCUUUGCUCUUCCGUCUCAGUCUACCUCUGGCAGUAUCAAAUUCUCGGUAAGCAAAUCUCCCAUUUGCAUGCCCUGCGAUUUGUUUUCGUUUUAUUCAGCUAUAGUUUGAGUUUCUGCUUAUGUAGGGAUAAGGAGGUCAAUAGGGAAAGGGGAUACCUAGUCAGUUGCACAGCUGAAUGCAUCUUCCGCAUUUAACCCAAGAGAGGUGCGGGGGGCUGCCUUAAUCGACGUCCAUGGCGCCCAGGGAACAGUUGUUGUUGGGGGUUAACUGCCUUGCUCAAGGGCAGAACGGCAUAUUUUCCCACCUUGCCGGCUCGGGAAAUCGAACCAGCAACCUUUAGGUCAUUGGCCCAACGCUCUUAACCACUAGGCUACCUGCUGCCCAAUAGAGUGCAUAGUCUCUCUCUCUCUCUCUCUCUCUCUCUCUUCUCUCUCUCUCUCUCUCUCUCUCUCUCUCCUCUCUCUCUCCUCUCUCUCUCUCUCCUCUCUCUCUCUCUCUCUCUCUCUCUCUCGUCUCUCUGUUUCUCUUGUCUCUGAUCCUCUCUCGACAACACUUGUCCUCCCCUCGUCUACUAUUGUUUAUUAAUCCUGCUUGCUGAAGGCUCUUCUCUUUAAUCCCUGGUCUUCUUUCCCUGUAAUGGUUUUUCUUUCUUUUAUUAAUCUUUUGUCUCCUUUUUCCCCUUACCCCGUUUCCCUUCAUCUUUUUGAUUUUGGCCUAUCUGUCGCUAAUCGGGUUUUCAUUUGUAAGGUCCUCUCUGGCCUCUCUACAUCCCUACAUCCUUUUUGUGCGAAUUCCAAAUCUCUGA